AUGACAAACUCCAAUCCCCUCAAGACCGUGGACAUUUCUACGUUAGAUAAAGCCACUGCAAGCGAGCUUCUUGAAGCUGCAACAACGCAGGGAUUUCUCUUCGUAGAGGGCCAUGAUUUCACCCAACAGGAGGUAGACGACCUUUUCCAGCUUUCUAAGGAAUUCUUUGAGUUACCUAAGGAGUAUAAAGAAAAAUACCCUAUAGAUAAGAGUAACCAUGGCUACAGUAAGAUGGGGGAAGAAGUAUUGGAUCCUUCUGAUAAAAGUCAAAAGGGCGGAGACCCAAAAGAAGCCAUGAACUUUUGUUGCAUGAAUUUUGAAACCGGGUUAUCAUCUAAGCAGGUCCCAGACUGGUUUUUUGAGGAUCCCGAAAGAAUAGAGAGAGUCAAAGUAGCCAGUAAGAAACUUUAUAGAUUAUCUGUAGACUUGUUAAAGCUUCUAGCCAUUGGUUUAGAAAUUGAAGAUAGCGACGAAAGUAAAGGUGAAGAUUGGUUCUCUUCAAGAUACCACGCUACCAAGGAAUCUGGUACUACGUUCAGAUUCUUACACUAUCCUGGCCAAAAGUCCUUAAGUCCUGAGGCAGUUAUCCGUGCUGGUGCGCACACCGAUUAUGGGUCGAUGACUUUGUUGUUUCAGCAAGAGAAUCAGGAAGGUUUGGAAAUAUACUCGCCCGUGGCCAAGGCAUGGCAAGCAGUGCCAUUUAUACCAUCUUCCAAGGGUGAAGGAAGGGCCCCACCAAUUGUUGUGAACAUUGCAGAUCAAUUGAGUUUCUGGACCGCUGGGAUCCUCAAGUCCACCAUUCACAGGGUGAAAUUCCCUCCAAAGGUGCAAGAAACGGGACAAGACCGUUACUCGAUUGUUUUCUUCAGCCAUCCUAACGAUGAAACAAAGUUGGAACCAGUUCCAAGUGCCAUGGUGCAGAAGGUCAGGGGUAGAGGGGCAAACAAGGACGGCGCGCAGGUCAUAACUGCGAAGGAGCAUUUAGACAAGAGGUUGGCUGCUACAUAUGGUUGGUACUAA